CAACCCGCAUACACACGUUGAGUUGUUGACACACAAACAACGGAGGCCACGCCACGGCUAACGCCACCUCUCCUCUUCCCCAGCCGUGCCUUGGACGCUUCACCCUGUGCGCCUCCGUCCGUCCUUCGUGGUCUUCGCCACUUCGCCCCCCCGUCUCCACCACGACCCGUCCCCCUCAACGCUCGCCUGAUUUGACACCGCCUCGGCCUCGCCCCUGAAGUACUACUACGGCAGCAUAAGUUUAAACUGAGAACCCAAGUACACCCUGCGCUAGGACUACGAGGCGCCCUGCUCUUGGAGUCCCCAGUCGGUCGCGUCGUGUCUGCGGUUGCGCUAUUAAAUGGCGGCGGGCGGAGGCGACUAGCCAGUGCAGCAACUGAAAGCCGCCGGGGGAGUGGGAUUCGCCGUUCGUGGGUGUGUAGCUAAUCAUUUAUUCUCCCGAGAUUUUGGACUUGCAUGAGUUGAUCAACAAAUCCAUUAUUCUCUGGUUCCUGAUGGAGGCAUCAUCUUGCUUGCGCUACCAAGUCCAUGGUGUUGGUUUGUGCAGGAUAUGGCUAUGUCUUCUUCUAGUUCUUGUUCUUCAGAAUUGCAGCCCAGUGCUCUCAGAUUCUCCUUAUUUGGUCGGAAUGGGGAGCUAUGACAUAACGGGGCCUGCAGCAGACGUUAACAUGAUGGGAUAUGCAAAUACUGAGCAGAUCGCAUCAGGAAUUCACUUCAGGCUAAAGUCACGCGCGUUUAUUGUUGCUGAGCCUAAUGGAAAGCGUGUUGUGUUUGUGAACCUUGACGCUUGCAUGGCAUCACAGCUUGUGAAUAUAAAGGUGCUUGAAAGGCUAAAAGCAAGGUAUGGUGAUCUUUAUAAUGAGAAUAACGUGGCUAUCAGUGGCAUCCAUACCCAUGCUGGGCCUGGAGGUUACCUGCAGUAUAUAGUGUAUAUCGUCACAUCUCUUGGGUUUGUUCGCCAGUCAUUUGAUGUAAUUGUCGAUGGCAUUGAGCAAAGCAUUGUUGAAGCUCAUAACAACCUUCGUCCUGGGGAAAUCUAUGUGAAUAAAGGCGAACUUCUUGAUGCCGGUGUGAAUCGCAGUCCAAGUGGAUAUCUGAAUAACCCUGCUGAAGAGAGAAGGAAAUAUCAAUAUAAUGUUGAUACAGAAAUGACCCUCGUUAAGUUUGUAGAUAAUGAAUUGGGUCCAGUUGGAAGUUUUAAUUGGUUUGCAACUCAUGGAACAUCAAUGAGUCGUACAAAUUCCUUGAUAAGUGGUGAUAACAAAGGAGCAGCUGCACGUUUCAUGGAAGACUGGGCUGAACAAAAUGGCCUUCCAAAGCAGAUGGGUCAAGCAAAUUCUAAUGAGUUUGGAUCUUUGCACCUGGGAUCUGUACUUCCGAGAAGAGUCUCUACAAUAAUUCCGGAACCAAAUGAGAUAACUGAUGACUUAAUGCAAUUGGCAUCGUCCUAUGAGGCCUCAGGUGGCAGACGACUGGCAAGUUCGAAUAUCACUAAGCGCAUUAGAAGCAGUCGAGAAAACAAUGCCAAAUUUGUUUCUGCAUUUUGCCAGUCGAAUUGUGGAGAUGUUAGUCCAAAUGUCCUGGGAACGUUUUGCAUAGACACCCAUCUUCCUUGUGACUUCAAUCACAGCACAUGUAAUGGGAAGAACGAACUUUGCUACGGACGAGGCCCAGGAUAUCCUAAUGAGUUCGAAAGUACCCGUAUAAUUGGGAAUAGGCAAUUUCUCAAGGCUGUAGAUCUCUUUAAUUCAGCUUCUGAGGAGAUACAGGGAAAAAUUGACUAUCGGCACACUUAUUUAGAUUUCUCGCAACUCGAAGUUAGUGUUCCUACAAGUACGGGUGGUCAGAAGGUGGUGAAAACAUGCCCAGCAGCCAUGGGGUUUGCAUUUGCUGCUGGAACCACGGAUGGCCCUGGAGCUUUUGAUUUCAAACAAGGGGAUGCCAAGGGAAACCCUUUCUGGAGAUUAGUGAGGAACGUACUAAAGACACCAGGGAAAGAGCAAGUCGAGUGCCAAGCUCCAAAACCAAUAUUGCUGGACACUGGUGAAAUGAAGGAACCAUAUGAUUGGGCGCCUGCGAUACUCCCCAUUCAGAUCAUAAGAAUUGGCCAGCUGGUUAUCUUGUGUGUUCCUGGAGAAUUUACGACAAUGGCUGGCAGACGGCUACGCGAUGCUGUAAAAAAUGUACUGAUAAGUGGCAGCAAUGGUGAAUUUGAUAACAAUAUUCAUGUUGUUCUCGCUGGGCUGACAAACACAUACUCUCAGUAUAUUACAACAUUCGAAGAAUACGAGAUCCAAAGAUACGAGGGAGCAUCAACAUUGUAUGGUCCACAUACCUUGAGUGCAUACAUUCAAGAGUUUCAGAAACUUGCCACAGCUAUGGUUGCAAACAAAGAGGUCCAAACAAACAUCCAACCUCCUGACAUGUUGGACAGGCAAAUCGGACUACUGCCAGGUGUUAUGUUUGACUCAACUCCUCCUGGUGUUAAAUUUGGAGAUGUCAGCUUGGAUGUUUCUGCAAACUCAACCUUCAGGAAGGGCAGCACUGUGAACGCCACAUUCUAUUCAGCCUGUCCAAGGAAUGACCUUCUUACUGAUGGUACCUUCGCACUUGUCGAGAAGCUAAAUGGUAACGACUGGAUUCCUGUCUAUGAUGAUGAUGAUUGGUCAUUGCAAUUCAAGUGGUCAAGGCCUUCAAAACUAAGCCCAAGAAGUUUCGCGACUCUGGAGUGGACCAUUCCUGAAGAUGCUGCCUCUGGCGUUUACAGAUUGAGGCAUUUUGGUGCCUCGAAGCCAUUGAUAGGAUCAAUCAAGCAUUUUACAGGGACCUCUCGCGCAUUUGCAGUGCGUUAGGCAGCACACCAGUAGCUUUUGAUGGAGUACCUGUCAGAAUUUACAGCCAGAAACCUUUUGGACUGUAAACGCGUUACUCCACCUACAUGAUUUUUCCCCUUUGGUAUUUACAUGUAUCUCAGUGUCUGGAGUUGUAGCAAUGUCUAAUCAUACGAAACUGCUGUCACUAUAUGCUUGUUUCAAGUGAAAUACGAAGUAUUAUGUACAUAAGUAUACACUGUUGAUAUAUGCUGAAAAGAGACUUCAGGAUUUCUGUUUUA